AUGUUUUGUGCCGUUUAACUUUUUGUGUGAACAUUUCAGUUGCUUUGCUAUCUAGCUAAGCGACUCUUCCAAAUGUUGUCGCCACCAAAUUGCGAAGGCACCAGCUACAACAAUAAGACAAAGAGUCUCCGAAAAGUCUCAUCAUCAAUAUCUUCAAAAUCAUCCUCCACUUCCUCAUCUCCUUCAAUAUUUUCACCCUCCAAUAAUCUUCACUGCCAAGCCCAACAGAAGGCCGAAACCAUGGAAGAAGUGUGGAAAGACAUAAGUCUUGCUUCUCUUCAUGACCACACUUCUACCGAUCAAGAACUUUCCAUGACCCCAAGACUUCACAACAUUUCUCAUCAUCAUCGUCAUCAUCACCAUCAUCAUAAUAAUAACAGCCCUAACUUUAUCCUUCAAGAUUUUCUUGCUAGGCCUUUCAACAAAGACCCACCAACAAGAAUGGUCUCUAUUAUUCGAGACAGCACUCCUUUUGGCUCUUCAGCGCCACCUCCUGCUACUGUUUUGAGUUUGAACUCUGGCCCUGGCUUUGAUUUUCUUGAGAACUCUGAUCAUCCUCAGAGGCCUGACUCGCAAUUACAGAGCAACCCAAUUUCAAAUAUUUCCUCAUUCACUAGUCCUUUUGAGGGUUUAGAUUCAUCUCCCGGCUUGCCUUCUUUUUGUAAGAAAAGAACUCAAGAAUCUGAUGGUAGUUCUGGUGAUCGCAGACACAAAAGAAUGAUCAAGAAUCGAGAAUCUGCAGCUCGUUCUAGAGCUAGAAAACAGGAAUCUCCCUUUCUUUUUAAAGAUUCAUUUUCUUACAUGUACAUAGACUGGUGCUAAUUUCUUGUUUUGUUGUUGACGGGACAUGUUUCUGUGCUUGUGCUUUAUGUUUGUUUUUCUUACAGGCUUACACAAACGAAUUGGAGAAUGAAGUUGAACAGUUAUUGAAAGAAAAUGCAAGACUCAAGAGACAACAAGAAGA